GGAGGCCUUUAAAGGGCCUGCCCCGCCUGCAGGUGAGCGGUAGUGUGUGAGCACCAGCCUGUCCCUCUGCCAGACCACUCGGGGGCAGCUCCCUGAAGCUGUUCUGUUCCGUCUGGAGACUCAGCAGAUCCGUCUUUCAGAACUUGCUGCCGAGAGCCCUAACCAGGUGCCACCAUGCAGUGCUUCAGCUUCCUUAAGACCAUGAUGAUCCUCUUCAACUUUCUCAUCUUUCUGUGUGGCGCGGCCCUGCUGGGAGUGGGCAUCUGGGUCUCCGUGGAUGGACCGUCCUUCCUGAAGAUCUUCGGGCCGCUCUCAUCCAGUGCCUUGCAGUUUGUCAACGUGGGCUACUUCCUCAUCGCAGCUGGUGCUGUGCUCUUUGCUCUCGGUUUCCUGGGCUGCUACGGUGCUCACAGUGAGAACAAGUGUGCCCUCCUAAUGUUCUUCUUCAUCCUCCUCCUCAUCUUCAUUGCUGAGGUUGCAGCUGCCGUGGUGGCCCUGGUAUAUACCUCAAUGGCUGAGAACUUCCUGACGGUGGUGGUGGUUCCUGCCAUCAAGAAAGACUAUGGUUCCCAGAAGGAUUUCACCCAAGUGUGGGACGUCACCAUGGAUGGGCUCAAGUGCUGUGGCUUCAACAACUACACAGAUUUCGAGGGCUCACCCUACUUCACAAAGAUGCAAGGCUUUCCUCCAUAUUGUUGCAAUAACAGAGCCAAUGGCACAGCUGGGGAACCCUGCACCAGGGAGGAGGCCGAGAGCAAGGAUGUCCAGGGUUGCUUCAAACAGCUUCUGUAUGACAUCCAAACCAAUGCAGCCACCGUGGGUGGUGUGGCAGCCGGGAUCGGGGGCCUGGAGCUGGCUGCCAUGAUCGUGUCUAUGUAUCUGUACUGCAAUCAGAAAUAAGUCUGCUCUGCCCCGACCGCUGCUGCUGCUACACGGACUGGGAAGACAUCCUGGCCUUCUCACGUGGCCAUCAUCAGGGUGGGGGUAGGAUUCAACAGUUGUCACUUGGGCUGGAGAGUGCCUUCCCUUACUGCUCUGGACUAGGGGAUAACUAGGCAGCACCCCUCUUAGGCUGUGGCUGACUUUCCCGUCCAUUGGUGGAGUUGGGGCCUACCUGUUCUAGAGCCCCAAGGGUAGCCAGUUCUCUUGCCCAUUCCCCCAGCCUGUUCACUAAAUCCAUGAUCCCUGUACCCCACUGGGGGUUGAGAAAGGCUCCUUACGGCCUGGACCUAUCAGCAGAGCUGGAGUGGAUGUACAGAAGGCCUUCGGAUCUCAUAAACCAAUGAAAUGUU